AUGCCUUCCGGACUUAUCUUCAUCACCGGUGCUACCGGCUUUAUUGGCAGCGCUGUGGCCCUCGAAGCCCUCAAAGCAGGUUACUCACUGCGCAUCAGCAUCCGCAAGGAGUCACAGAUCCCCAAACUCAAGAAAAUUCUGUCGCAAUUCGAAGACAAGAUAGAGUUCAUUGUCGUGCCUGACAUCACUCAGGAGUCUUCCUUCGCAGGGAAGCUAGACGGAGUCGACUAUGUGCUUCACCUUGCCUCUCCUCUUCCCCACGGGACGAAUAAAGAGACGUACUUUGGUCCGGCUGUAAAGGGCACGACGGCCAUCCUGAAAGAAGCCGCCAAAGUCAGCACGGUCAAGCGAGUCGUGAUUACUUCGUCCAUGGCGGCACUCAUACCGCUCACGGGAGUUCCCGAGGGGGCGUUCGUCAGAGAGGACAACGGUUGGGACCUAACCGUCGACCCAAAUGCUGACUUCACAGGCCCAGACAACGCCGCCACCUCGUUCAGCCUUUACCACGCCUCCAAGCUCCUAGCAAACAACGCCAGUUGGGAAUUCAAGAACACCGAGAAACCGCAUUUCUCGCUCGUCACUCUCCAUCCUGCCUAUGUCUUUGGACAUAAUCAUGUGCAGACUAGCCUGGAGGAGGUCCAAGGUGGUACUAAUGGAAUGCUCUGGGGAACCAUCAUGACCGGCAAACCACUGGGAAACAUUACUGGGGUGCAUGUCCGGGACGUGGCUGAGGCACAUAUUAAGGCGCUUGAUGAGACGGUGCCGGACGGGUCCAAGUUCUUGUUGGCAGGUAAAAAGGCAUCCUGGAGCGACGUUGCUCGCAUCGUGAAGAGAGACUAUCCGGCAAUUGGUGCCAAAAUUACGGAGGAUAUCUCUGGAGAACCUUACCCACUGGAUACAACUGAGGCCGAGAAGGUCUUGGGCAUGAAAUGGAGGUCGUUGGACCAGAUGGUCAAAGACGUGCUGGACCAACAGUUGGGGUUGAUGAGACAGGCAACCCUGUAG